AUGCCGGACAAAAUAGAUAACCAGGAAAUCGAAAAUGCCGCGGGUGUCGGCAUCCAUGAUGAAGCCCCCGACAAGAACCUCACCAACUACAACUUGGUCGAUAGGGAGGUUGCCAAGUACGCCACCGAUGGAGCUAUCGAGAUUGACGAAGCCACAAAUAAGCGCCUGAAGAAAAUGAUCGAUAAGCGGAUUUUAGUGGUGAUGAUGAUUACAUACUUGAUCCAAACGAUCGAUAAGGGGGCACUGGCCUUUGCCUCGAUCAUGGGAAUCAAAGAAGACGCACAUUUACAGGGGAAUCAGUAUCAAUGGUUGACGACCAUCGUCUACCUGGCAAUCCUUUGUGUCGAAUUUCCGGAAAACUGGAUCAUCCAGAGGGUGCCAAUUGCCAAAUGGCUGUCCUUGAAUAUUUUCUUGUGGGGUAUAUGUAUCGCGCUGAUUUCAGCCAUGCGGAGUUUCACUGGCCUAAUCAUCUUGCGUGCUUUCAUGGGUGCCUUUGAAGCAGCAUGCCAGCCAACAUUUGUGAUUUUAAGUUCCACAUGGUACAAGCGUGAAGAGCAAGGUAGCGUCAUUAACCUCUGGUUCAUGAUGAACGGAAUCCAGAACAUCAUUGGUGGUCUUUUAGCCUUUGCAUUUUCCUUUGUCCCCUCGAACUCGCCAGUGAAGUCAUGGGAGGGUCUUUUUAUGACUUAUGGCAUUAUUACUGUUAUUUGGGCGACUUUUGUCUUUUUCUGGAUGCCCGAUUCCCCCAUGCGCGCCAAAUGUUGGUCGGAAGAGGAUAAACAAUUGAUGGUUGAGCGAGUACGACAAAACCAGACCGGCCUGCAGAACCGUGUUUUCCCAAAAAGAACAAGUCUGGGACGCUCUUACAGACCCUCAACUGCCCUUCCCAGUGGGGGAAUUGGGGCCUACGUCAAUAUCAUCAUCAACUCGUUCGGAUUCAGUACCUGGGAGAGUCAGCUUCUGACCAUGGUCGUCGGUGCUGUUGUCGCAAUUGCCAUGAUCACAUCGGCAUAUCUUGAUCGCCGCUUCGGAAACACGAUUAUCAUCAUGAUAUCCUCCGUGAUCCCGUCGAUUAUCGGUGUGUCCAUUCUGAUCGGGGUUCCAUUUUCACCCGAUAAGCGAGUCGGCAUGCUAAUCGCAUACUGGCUGUUCUACUCGUUUUUUGCUGUAUCCUCCCUUUCUUUGGCCCUUCUUUCUCGAAAUGUGGCCGGGCAGACCAAGAAGUCUAUCCUUAUUGCUUCGAACUUUGUCUUCUGGGCGGCAGGAAACUCAAUUGGGCCACAGGUCUUCCGUGACAAAGAUGCCCCGCGGUAUUAUCUUGCGUUCUCGAUUCUCCUAGGAUGCUUUGGAGUUAUGAUUAUCACUCUAUGCUUUUUGCGAGUAUGGUACUCUAUGCAGAAUCGGAAGCGUGAUGCCAAGAUUGCUUCUGGGGAGGUGGUUCCCGAUGUUAGCUUCACGCAUGGAUUUGAGGAUAUCACCGAUCGGGAAAACCCACAUUUCAGAUAUUCAUACUAA